UUGAUAUAAGUAUUUGCAUACUUAAAAUGAGCGUUAAACGUUUUUAUUUUAAGUACGACAUUUCUUAUAUGCAGGAUUUUGUUUGAAUAUUGUUUUGGGGAAUUUGUAGUUGAUUGAAUUAAGAUUUGUCAAGCUUAGUUUAAGUGAAUGGAAACUUGGAACAGAUUUUCAACCGUUUUGUGUUUGAUUUGAGUGUAAAAUGUUGUUGUUGUUUUUCACCGAAUUGAUAUAUUUGCCGUGUUGGACUCACCCAUGGCAUGGCUUGAACCGUGCUGCUGCAGAGUUUGGCUACUUUUGCGGCUCUGUCGUGCAAGGUGGGGCGUUUAUAUAGCCGCUGGCCGGCACAGCCGAACAAUGGGCACCAAGCGCUCGGAUUACCUAUUGUGUGCGGCUGGCGUGUCCAUUAUGGCCCGUCACCUGGACAGUAAGAGCAGCAACAGCAACAGCAGCAGCAGUAGCAGCGGGCGCCAAACAAAGAGCUCAACUGUUGACACAAUACAACAAUGGUUGGCGACGGGGCGAACCUCAAGUAUCAGGAACUCCGAGGACUGACUAUUUAUAGACUGGACACUGGCUUAAAGCCCGGCUACUUGAAGUGUUUAUGCGUGUGCCGAAAAAAGUCAAAAUGGAGAAAAGAAAAUUAAAAACAAGAAGUGGAAAACCCAGUGACCCAGACAUUUGCAGCGGGCGGCCAAACCACCCAGGCUAGGAGCAACUAUGAGCUCAUGGGCUGCUUGUCUAGCACUAAAAUUCAGGUGCAUUUGCUGCUGCUGGCCCCAAGGGGUAGGUGCUUUGUGUGUGUGUGUGUGUGUGUGCGUGUGUGCGUGUGUGGCAGCUAGUUGUAGGGCUUCGACGUGACGAUAAACUCGCGCAAACGCCAAUCCGCCCAGCGGUUCGUCAGUUGAAUGCGCGUCGUUGCCCCGCACGGUGGGGCGCUGAUAUAUAUACUAUAUAUCUAAAGACUAACAAUACAGUUUGAGAAGCACAACAGCCAGACACGUGCCGCUAAAACUGUGGCUUAACAAGGAGUUACAAGCCAGGACGUCCGCUCUGCUUCUAUUUUUUGUUGUUUUCAAUCAAACUCGGGAGCAGCUCGAGCUGCUGUUCUUGGAGCGCGUACAGUUAUCCGCUUGACUUGGUGCGGACGCAGUGGCGGAAGCCCUAGGAGUGUUGCCCCACGUUGUUGUUGCUGUCGCUGGAAAUCGUUAAAAACAGUAGAGAAUAGAAAAUAGCGAAAAGCUAGCGAGUAUGUCACGAAUUGUGUAAAGAACAGGAAACCAAAAGACAAACACCUGAAACACACACCUGGCGCCUGGACGCAGGAUUUAGGCUAGACGCAUGGACAAAGGCACAAUGAAGCGCAAGCAGCGUAGAUACAGAACCACCUUCAACACCCUGCAGCUGCAGGAGCUGGAGCGCGCCUUCCAGCGCACGCAUUAUCCGGACGUGUUCUUUCGCGAGGAGCUGGCCGUGCGCAUUGAGCUGACGGAGGCGCGCGUUCAGGUCUGGUUCCAGAAUCGACGCGCCAAAUGGCGCAAACAGGAGAAGCUGGGCACCGCCGGCGACUACAAGGAGGACGCCCAACUCGAGUUGGAUGUGGCUUUCGAUGAUAGCGCUGUGCUGGGUCAGCUGGACAGCGCCUUGGCUGGCGGCGGCACCUUGCUGCCGGAUACGCCGCCGCAGUCUUCCAAUUCGCUGGAUAAUGAGCUGAAGGCGCCCUACGGUACGGGCGGGCUUUCGCCCUCCAGGCUCUCGCCUAACAUUUUUCUCAAUCUGAACAUUGAUCAUCUGGGCCUGGAGCGCGGCGGCAGCGGUCUGUCCAUGGAGUGGUCCACCUACCCGCCGUCCACACAGCCGGAGCAGCAUCAGCCGGAGCAGCAGCAACAGUUGCAGGCGUCGCAGCAGCAACAGUUGCAGGAGUCGCAGCAGCAACACGUCUGCACGCUGCAGCAUCAAGCGCUGGCGAGCGCAUUUGGCGCCUCACUCGAUCUGGACAUGAACGAGGGCUACGAUGAGAUGAAGUUUCUCAGUGUGGAUCAGUUUACGAUCGAUAGCUUCAAGGCGGACUGCAUACUCAGCAUGGAGCACAGCCUGGCGCUGGAUGACAAGCAGCAUGAAGCCCCCGCCGCCUCCGCCUGCCACUCUGCUGCCUAUGAGGUUCCGUCUCUGGCCACGGACAAUGCUGCACUGCAUUCGCUUUGCUUGGACGGCAUGAGUCUCGCGCCCAACUUUGGCGGCCUCUCACUCCUAUCCGGCCAUCUGACGGACGAUGUCACGUCUGGGGAGGCGUCACCCAAGUCGCCGCCAUCGCUGCUGGUGCUGGACAAGACGCUGCCCUCGCUGAGUAUCGGGGUGGAUGGCAUCAGUGAACUGGUCGAGCAGCUGCAUCAUCAUCAACAUCAGCUCAAUCACCAUCAUCAUCAUCAACAUCAUCAUCAUCAUCAUCAUCAUCCACACGAUGUCGGGGUUGGGGGAAGCGAUGUAGUCUAACCGGAACAUUUUUAUUAACCUAGACAAAUUCUAAGCAUAGUUAAUGUUGUACGAUUCUAGCUGUAAUCCUGGCUCAUACUCUUACUGGGCCUCAUGCUCUUUUCGAAAUGGAUGGGAUUUGACGUAAGUUCACCUAAAUAAAUGGCCAACAAGUUGUUAAUGCGAAUGGAAUUGGA